AUUUUAUUUAUUUGUUUUAACAAUUUCUCCUCAAAAAAAUUAUAUAACAAUCGCCAGAAAUAGAAUGUCAUACGUUGAAUUCGCCACGCAGCUUUCGAAACAUGCCUGCACGCUCGCCUCCCUCAUCCACCGGCACGCCUUCCCGCUCUGCAGCGACCUCCUCCACCGCACUAGCAAUCAAUACCCACUGUUAACCCACCUCACCCAACUACUCGGCGGCCCCACCACUCUUGCGUAUGUUCUCGAGGCUAUUCUCAUUUACAUAAGUGCUCGCAUAACGCUUUUUGUGGUGAGAUUCUUUAGUAAUACGAUCUAUCGCUUGUUGCGGUUCCUGUUGAUUGUGGGGGUGGUCGCGUUGGUGGUUUGCUUUGCGGCAUAUUAUUAUUUUGUUGAGGUGAUGGGAGGUAGUGGGAAAGAACCGGUGGGGCUGGGUGGGAAUGGGUUUUGGGUAAAUCAGGCGAUAGCGUUUGUUGGUCGGUUUGCUAGUGGCGUUUAUGGACAGAUACAGCAGCAGCAGCAACCUGUGAACUUUCAGUAUAAUUACCCUCCGGGAUACUAACUGAAAUAAUGAAAAAAAAUUAUAUAGGACAGUAUUUUUCUUCUUCAAAAUA